AUGGACCAAGCCACGAUGAACAAUGAAACCUGUGUGGAGGACUUUGAAAGUAUGCGUCUUGCACUUGAAAAGCUGAGUGUGUCUCCUGAAGGAGCAGGUACAGACGUGGACGCGCUGCGCUGCAGAGUGGAUCAACAGUCAACCCUCAUCAGUAUUUUGAAGAACAGAACAGAUGAGCUCCUGCUGAGAUGUCAAGCUCUGCAGAAAAUCAAUUCCGAGUUAGAGGAAACUGUCACGGACACUCAUAAAGAGCUAGAGGACGAGAGGAAAAACUAUGAGACUUUGGAAAAGAGAUUUAUGGAUCUGGCUGCCAACAAUGAAGCCAUAAUAAAAUUGCAAGAUAAAGAAGCAUCAGUUCAGCUACUUGCACAAGAAAUCAAACAGCUAAAGGAGAACUAUGCACAGAAAGAACACAAAUACAGUGAGAACAUUAAAGGAUUGGAGGCUAAAUGUCUUGAGCAAAAGAAUGAAUUUGAGGCCAAAGAAAAAUCACUUAUUGAGAAACUGCGAUUGUUGGAGGAAAAGCAAAGAAUCUCUCUUGUUGUGUGUGAUGAUUUAAAGGUGCAGCUCAUAGAUACAAGGGAGGAGUAUACCUCAAAGAAUACCAGUAUGAUGGAGUCUAUAACAGCACUUCGUAAGGAGAAGGACCAUUUUUUGCAGAUUUCAGUCGAAAGGGGAAAGCUCAUUCAGGAGAAACAAGAAGAUCUUAACCAAAUGCAGAUAAAAUUGAGGGAAGAAAAAAAACUUAGAACUAAAGCAGAAGAAAGGUUUAAACAAGAGUCACAAUUGGUCAAUGCUGAUGCUAGAGUAAAAACUCUUCAAAAGGACCUGGAUGAAAGUACUACAAAAUACCAAAAGCUGAAAAAGGACUUUGAAGCUUUUAAAGAGCACAGCACUAACCUUCUCAUUCAUGAACGAGAAUUAAAUAAGAAACUUCGACUCAUGACAGGAUGA